AUGAGUCCAGCCUCAUUUCCCCCACAUCUACUGUCGCUCUUGUCAUCCCCCCAAAGCGGUAUAGACUCUGCUACCGAUGCGUUGGAAGAAUGGAUCUUGCAUCGUCGCUCAAAAGGCGAUACUCUGUUUGACGUUUCGGUCGGACUUGCGGAGCUCGAGGAUAGACCAACAGACCUUACACCCCCGAUGGGUCCAUUCCCUCUCGCUCGCUCAGCAUCACCAGCUACUAUACUCCACCAUCUUUUAUCGCAACCGCCUCCGUCCAUUGAACAUUCAAGAGAAGUCGUACUUGAGUAUGUGCUAGCGCGCGAAAUGAAGUUGAGAGAGAAGAAACCGGGCAGGGGCGGGAAAGGUACACUGGGGAAAGACGGAUUUGAAGAGAUCAGUAAGAGAUUGGGCGAGAUCGAAUCUGGUCUUCGAGGAGAAGCAGUCAAUAGCACGAGUCCGAAACAAAUGAUGUCAAUCAUGCCGGAUGCCUAUCCUACACCUAAAUCAGACAAAUCGCUUGGACUGGACGAGAAUCAACAAAUUGGAUUGACUCUGGUCCUUUCACUUCGGAUGUCUUUGUCGUACUUCACUCUUCAAGAACUCACCAAUCAGUUGCUGCUCCUCGCCCUAGGCGACGCGGAAAGAACUUUGGUACAGCACAUAAGGCGAAGAGUACCAGGUGAAGGACGGUGGGGAAUUGGCAAGGAACUCGAAUAUGUUGAAUCUUUGACUCUACCACGUCGUCCUGCUCUUCGGCCCGCAUUUCGAUCAGCAAAAUUGCGAACAUUGCUGCCUUCCAAGCCUUUGUAUCCGAUCCAGCUUCCCGCGCCGUCUAAAGCGACUUGUAUCAAGCUUAUUCAAUCACUGGCUCGAGAAGUAGAGGCUGGAGGACCGGUGGUAGCGGCUGGUCAUACCGUGGGCGGUUUCUCAAGCCCGACCACAUAUUCUCCGUCAAACGAGAGGACUCAUUUCUUGUCCCGGAAAGGCGCUUCUGCUAGUCCUACAACCACAUCGAUGAGCUUAGGCAACAGUCCUCAAACCCCAUUAGCUUUUCUACCACCUCCACUGCACUCGCCGGGCUCGGGCGAUGCAAGGAUGCCUCAAGCUAAUCCUAACGCUCUUACGAACUAUACCAUGGAACUGAUCUCAGAAUUUAUCACCAGGGAGAAGAGGGAGCAUAUAGCUAAGAGUAAAUGGGCGAAGUCAGGUAGGGAGCAAUUGGGUAAAGAGGUAGGCGAUAUUGAAUCGGCGUUAUGCCUCUCAUCAAAGAGUAGUCCUACAGCUUUGACGCCGACUCUUAUACCUAUCUUCCUCCUGCUGCGACGAACAUUUGCUUUGCCACGGUCACCUCUACCGUUGAACAUUACCGAGCCAUACCUCGAUAUAUUACCAGCUCCACCUGACCCUGACGACGUUCCGUUUCGGGAACCGACAGUCCAAACAACCACAGCUUCUUUAUAUGUCAACCCCCGAUUGGAGGACGCGGCGGCUGCUGUGGUAAUCGAGGAGCUGGUUGAGACAGAGAAGGAGAAUGUCCACAAUGCAGGAGGUACCGGGCAGGAGCUAGUGAAAUGGUUGGUCAAUAUGAUUGAUAGUGUGGAGAAACGCUUCCCGGACGGUUCAUAUGGAUCGGUCUUCGCGUCUGCAAAAGAACAGAUCAUGAGACCACCACACAGCUCCCCACCAGCAGGCCACUCUAUAUCAUUUGGCAAACAACCUUCGGUUCAUCGCCGCGCCAAAUCAUCCGCUGUGAACGAUACUGCAUCGACCCUAUCCACACCGCCCAGCAUUGCAAUUCGGCAACUACAUUCGCGAUCGCACAGUAUGCCUAGUCGUCAAAGCACUUAUGACGAGUCCGAAGACAGCAGCGGAUCGGACUCGGACUCACCGCCAUCUCAAGCCCAGAUUCAACGACCGGUUGUCAUGACAUCCGUGAAACAGCUACCUCCUCUACAAAUGCUCAGUCCAAUCGAAAUGGACGAUAAGCGAUCUAGCGCUGGUGCUUCAAGCGGUGGGUGGUGGGACAUCGUAUCAGCGAUGGAGAAUGACAAUCCUGCACCAUGGCAGGAGAGUCGGCCGAUUCCUCAGCGACAAAGAACUUCGAGUGGAGCAGCAAGUCUUGAUUUACCGCUCCCACCGGGGGCUGAACCGGCUCAAGUGCUCGAUUUUAGCGCUCCCAUGAUGGCAAAUAUGUCGAAGCUUGGUCUGACACCGCCCACACCUCCUCGUCAACUGCCCUUCAUCAAAUCAUCGCCUUCCCCUGGUCAACGGUCUAGAACGUUGCACAACAACCCUCCAAAUGACCUGGUUUCUUCGCCGCACCCUAGGAGUGGACCAAAGAGCCCGGGAGGGGAUUAUUUCAGCGAUGAAAAAUCGCCUCCGCCUCCUCCUCGCUUUGAUGUGCCUAGUGACUCGCCUCGGUCUAGCGGUGUAUCUACUCCAACGCAGAUACACUCAAACGUAAUAUCACCUGCAGGGACCUCUUCACGCUCAAAACUCGGCGUUAUUGGCAGGUCCAUGUCACUUAUACAUAAGAAGGAUAAGGAGAAGGAGAAUGAAAAGGCGAAGUCCAAAGUGCAAAACGCGCCUGGAAAGUGGGACAGGAACAUGGUAGCUAAUAUCAUGGGACCACCAGCAGAACGGCGAUGA